CUGAACACAGGUUCAGAGAUGGCAAAGCACAUGCAAUGCAUUAUAUUACAAUACUUAUUUUAUUUUCCCCCGGAGUAGAAAGUGAGGUUUGUUAAUCUCGGAAAACCUCAAAGCCAAGAGGCCUUGUGCAGCUGCAGAUAGCAAAGCCAGUAGGAUUGCCACAGGGCCCUCUUUCUUGCAAGCUGAAGAAAAGUAUGCAAAUCAAAGGGACAAACAAGUUUCCUCACACGGAAAUGCUUGUCGGCAGGAAGCAGCAAAUUUUGAGCGGCUGCGGGCUCUGGCAGACCAGCAAGGCUCUGCAAAGUACGCAGAACCCAUGGGGCCACCUCCCAGAGCCUGUGGCUUUUGAGUCGUCCGGGGACUUGGGCUGGGAUUCACCCCUGCGUUUCCUGCUGAAGACUUGACCAUGGCGGACCCUGAACCUGCUGAUCUCAAUAGCCAAGUGAAAGGGACUGAAAACAAGAAACGCUUCAGUGAGAUUUUCCGGAGUCUGGAUGCCAUAGAAAUUUCAAUUGGAAAUUCGGCAGUUGAUAUGUUCAUUGAUGAUGUUAAUGACAACGAUAGUGGAAUCUCAAACCUGCAGACGGAAAAACUACAGACAGAUGAAGCUUUCUAUAAAUGUGAAGGAAGUUCGGAAGCAGGAGAACCAGGGAACAUGUCAGCUGAAGAGGCCGACGAGAUGCUGAUCAAGUGCACUGGUGGCGUGGAAGCAGCCCUAGGCUAUGCCAAGAUGUGGUGCAAAUACGUCAAGGAACUCUUGACCUGGGUUGACAAACGCCUGAAUUACGAAACUGAGUUUGCAAAGAACAUCCUGAAGAUCGCUGAUGCUGGCAGGAGUGCCAUUUUCCCACAGACUUGUAUGCCCUUACAGAAUCUGUACACCAUGACCAUGGAGCAUGACAUCAGGGCAGGGAACUUGGCCAUAGAGACGGCUGGGAUUUUGCAAAUGAAGGAAUACUAUCAGCCUCUUUGGGCGAAGAGGAAUGAAAUUGAGAAAUGGCGGAAGGAAUUCAAAGAUCAGUGGCAGAAGGAGCAGAAAAGGAUGAAUGAUUCCAGGUCCUCGAUGCAGAAGGCACGGCUCCACUACCUCCAGCGCUGCGAGGAUCUGGAGAAAGCUAAAGUGCUAAGUGCCAGAGCAGAAGAAGAAUGGCAGACCACUGCAGGCAGCGGCAACAAGCAACUGGAGAAGCGGCGUCGAUGUCGUGAUGAGCUGCAGUCAAAGGUUCAGGAACUGGAAGUUGUCUAUCGAAGCUGCGUCUAUGAUGCUAACAUCCACCGGCAGGAACUGGAGAAAGUCAGGGAGAGAAUCAUCUCCCACAUUCGCAAACUUGUGUACCAAGGAGAUGAGGUGCUGAGGCGGGUCACCUUGAGGAUGUUCAUGUUCCAGAAAGCCCAGGCAGAGCGAAUCCCUGCAGGAUACCAGAACCUGACUGAGAUCUGCAAGCCCUACAAGGUUGGGGCAAAGUACCUGGAGUUCAUUCAGAACCUGCAGAAAAACGAGCUUCCGAUGGAGGUGUACAAAUUUGAGGAAUUUAUAUCCUCAGGGCAGAGGUCACCCCCCACCAAUGCCAGAAGAAAGAAUGCUUCACACAAUACUCGUAUCUCAUCAUCUGCAGCUGACCUCAGCAGCUCCUCAGAAGAUGCCUCUGGAAAGCCAUCGUCCUCAAGCAGUGAGCAAAGUGGCAGCAAAUCCUCCCACAGUGACACGGAGAGUCUGGGAGGGAGUACUGAGGGCCAGUCCUUAGAGUCACCUGCCUCCAGCCCAGGCCACAAGAAGUUGUUGAAGGCUCCAUCCACAGGCACUGUGUCCUCCUCUGAGGACUGUGAAGGCAAAGAUUUAAUGCAAGCCUAUGACCAUGAUCUCACUGAUGCUGCCUCUGAAAAUGGCUUGUCCCAUUACCACUUUAAGAACAUCAACCUGUCCAGUGCUGCUCAGACCCACCAUCUGCGGAAGCUGAGGGGCCCUUCAAAAUGCAGAGAAUGUGAGAACGUAGUGGUCAAAGGCGUAGAAUGUGAAGAGUGCUGCCUGACCUGUCACAAGAAAUGCCUGGAGAACCUCCUCAUCAGCUGUGGUCACCAGAAACUGCCGGCACGGGCAUCGCUCUUUGGGAUCGACUUCCUUCAAGUGUCACGGGAUUUCCCAGAAGAAGUGCCAUUCAUUGUGGCAAAGUGUACCUCGGAAAUAGAAAGGCGUGCCCUGGGAGUGCAGGGUAUUUACCGCAUCAGUGGAGCCAAAUCACGGGUGGAGAGGCUGUGUCAGGCCUUUGAGAGUGGCUGGAGGCUGGUGGAGCUCUCGGAUCAUUCACCCCAUGACAUCACUGGAGUCCUUAAACAUUUCCUUAAGGAGCUUUCCAGUCCUGUGCUCCCGUACGAGCUGUAUGAUGAUUUCAUGGCUCUCUCCAGGAGCGUGCAGAGAAUGGAAUACAGAACAGGGGCUGAUGCCAAGAGCUUGGCAGAUCCCAUCAAGAGUACAAAGGAUUUACUGCGCAAACUGCUACCAACAAAUUAUAACACAUUACGGCACCUCAUUGCUCACCUCUACAGAGUGGCUGAGAGAUAUGAGGAUAACAAGAUGUCUCCCAACAACCUGGGGAUCAUAUUUGGGCCCACACUAAUCCACCCUCCCUUGAGCAAUGAAGUUUCCAUGUCGUGCCUCGUGGACUCAGGGUACCAGUCCCAGCUGAUUGAGUUUCUCAUCCUCAACUACGAAAGGAUUUUUGGGAUGGAUGACCUGCCUCCAUCUGUGCUUUGUGAACGUGAAAACUCUUUGAAAGAAGCAAUUGCCAAUGAAGCUCUUUCAAGCAGCAAAAGAGAUGUUGAUGCACCUUCUGAGAAGUCCUCCUCUAAGCCGUAUCUGGAUGAAGACAAUAGCACUGCUGUGGAUUCUGCCAGGCAGAAGCAAUGUAUGGAGCAAACCCACUUUCCUGAAAGUGGGGAAACCAUAGAGUUGAACAGCAGUGAUGGCACCAAACAGAAUGACGCUAUACUUGACCCUGAAGCUGCCAAUGUCAGCCCACAGACCAGGGGGCGCUUCAGCCGGAUGCCUGUGAAGCACCCUCGCACUGUCACCCCCAUAGUGUCCAGUCUGCCCCUGCUGGCUGCUACCAUGGCUGGCUCAGAGGCAGGAAGCCGUCUCCUGGAGCAAGGUACAGACAGCCGCAGCAACUCGCCAGACACUCGAGGGCAGCACAAGCACUUUGAGAUCACUCCGGAGACUGCCAGGAUUGUCUCCAAGUUCCAGACUCAGAAUGGGAGCCAAGACUGCUGUCCUGCAGGGCUGGAAAACCCACUGGAGGGAGAGCCUGUGGAUGCAUUGGGAGGAAGCAGGACUGAAUCUUGAGCCUUAAAUGUUUUUGUCUUAAUUUUUUAGGAAGCAAACCAGACAAAGGGCUUGAAUUCCAGUUCCAGGAACAAUUUGGAAUAACUAGACCCUAACUUUGCAAAAGCAGGAAAAACUGCUGUUCACCUAAGAGUACACUUGAGAACUGGGGAAGAAACAGCCCUGGGUGUAUCUCACAGAAACCUAGGAGGGAUGAUGCCCCCUCCAGAUUUAACUGUUGCAUUUCUUGCUUUGCAAUGCCUUUGCAAUGGAGGCGAGGAGCCAGUGCGGAGCUGCUGGGUUGCUGUAAGCUACAAAGCCAUUGGUGCAGUCUCUCGAAAUGGGGCUGAUGCUGAAGGGUGACUUCCAGGGGGCAGCCAGGAGCAUUUGGUGGGAAGAAGAGUCAAGGGCAGAGCCUAAGGCAUAGCAGGAUGUUGCUUGAGGUCCCAGGGGAGUCGUUUGUCAGCAUGGGGUGGCUGUUUUUCCAGGGGUCGUGUUGGGGAUAAAACACAUUUGGGGUGUUUGGGGGCAGGGCAUGACUGUUCAAGUAAAAUCCAGGGUAGUUCAGGGGUGGUUUUUUCCACCUGGGCUGGGUAUGGUUUGAAAAGGUGAUGACAUUACGCUGAGACUACAUUACGCUCAACCAGACCAGACUGCCACAUGCAGGGCUAUAUUCGGCAGGUUUAAAGAUACCAGAAUAUUGAGAAAGGUGAGUUCCAUGACCUAUAUAAAUUUUGCAAAUUAAGCAAAGUUUCAUAACUUCUCUUACUUUGCAUACUUCUUUUUAUUUCUUACUUUUGUGCAUUAUUUAUUCUACUGCUGCUGUUCAUACCGAGGGGGCAAUGGAGCCCCACUGCCUGAGCUUUGGAAAUCUUGUAACAGCUACCUCUCUUGCUUCUGAGCUUUCAGGGGGUAUUGCCCAAAAAAUUCAAACACAUCUUUGCAGUCUUCAGAGCUACAAACCGUUUUUGUUCUGUUUUUGUUCUGUUUUUUUUUUUUUUUUACAAAAGAGAACAGAUUCUCAGGAAGCAAAGCUUUGCAGUGUCAUUUUCUGUGCCUUUUCUUCUUCUGUGCCUGCCUAGAAUUGCAGUGUUUGGGGCAAAGGUAAGUUGUAAUGCUAUAAGUGAGGAGGGAAGCGUGACUGGCAGAGGACACAUGGAGGCAGGACAGCUACUGUCCUUGGGAGGCUGCCUGCUGCAGAGGUGGGUGGAGGAGGUGCUGCUAGGAUGUUUCAACAUCAGCCUGAUGGCGAUCAUCAAUAUUUAGGUUCUCUGUGCAGCUUUGGCUGCUUCAUAGAUGAUGGAAUUCCUUUGUUCAGUUCCUUGCAGGAAGUUGCAUGUACUGCAUGUUUCCGCCAUCCAUGGAGUAGGAGACAACAAGGCGACUGUGACUCCUCCCACCAUUUCUUCCCCAGUUCUGUCCUCCAUGCUUAGGGCUCAGACACACUUACCUUUAGCUCCUCUCUUUCCAGGCACAAGUCCAUGCUUAAAAGCUCCAUGUCCCAGCAUGGUGGUUCUCUCUCUCUCCCCUCCCAGCUUUGCCUGCAAAAACCCGCUCUUUCACGCUCAGUUGAAGCAAACAUCAAGUCAGGUUUUCUGUGGAUUUCCAUUUGCUCUGAUUGAACUUUAAAGAGUGGGUUUUGGUGGGCAGAGCUCCAGACCAAAAAGAAAAAAGACUACUCGGACAUAGAGCUUUAAAGUGUGGGCAGUGCCUGGAAAGAGCAAAGGAAAGGGGAGUGUAGUAAGCCCCCCUCCUUGCCUGCUUUGAGUCCUCUCACCACAGCAGGUGAAGAAGAAGAAGAGGAAGAGUUUGGAUUUGAUAUCCCGCCUUUCACUCCCUUUAAGGAGUCUCAAAGUGGCUAACAUUCUCCUUUCCCUUCCUCCCCCACAACAAACACUCUGUGAGGUGAGUGGGGCUGAGAGACUUCAGAGAAGUGUGACUGGCCCAAGGUCACCCAGCAGCUGCAUGUGGAGGAGCGGAGACACAAACCCGGUUCCCUAGAUUAUGAGACUACCGCUCUUAACCACUACACCACACUGGCUCUCUGUGUGACCUCUGUGGAUGGCAGAAGUGGGCAGUGAAGGAGUGGGCAGAUCCAUGUCUGCCUUGUCUGUCCCCCAGGUCAAAAGGUAAAGUAAAGGUUCAAGCCUUGGUUGUAGGCUGGCAAGCUACUUCAUGUGAAGGGGAACCUGCUACCAGUUGGGACUUCCAGCCCUGUACGCAUGCCCUGAAGUACAUGCCUUUGUAUGCGCCUGCUGGCUACAUGCCAAUUCUGACACAGAAUGUAAUGCUAGCAGAAUAGGAAAUUUGCCACAAGUGAAGCAAUUGUCACUAGUGUUGCCAGAGAGCACCUGAGGCGACUCCCGGCUGGAUGCCAGGUUCCUCGGUCAGAGCGGAGAAGAAACAAGAAGAGACAACCAGGUGUAAUGCAUUGCAAAGCGGGCUAUUAAGCCUUUGGUCAGUUUAUUGGUCAACCAAAGUUGGAGAA